AUGUCAGCAAGCGGAGCGGCCUCCGGCGUCUCAGCGCUCGUGCCGGCGGCGCGGAGGCCGAGCAGGUACGAGUCGCAGAAGCGGCGCGACUGGCACACGUUCGUGCGCUACCUGGCGGCGCACCGCCCACCGCUGCUGCUGCGCCGGUGCAGCGGCGCGCACGUCCUCGAGUUCCUCCGCUACCUGGACCGCUUCGGCAAGACCCGCGUCCACGCGCCGCCCUGCCCUGCCUACGGCGUACGCGCGACGACAACGACGGCUUUGGCGCCAUGCCAGUGCCCGCUCCAGCAGGCGUGGGGCAGCCUCGACGCGCUCGUCGGCCGCCUGCGCGCCGCCUUCGACGAGCGCCAUGGCGCCCGCGGCGACAACCAGCAGCACGAUGCUAGCUUCUGCAAUCCCUUCGCCGCGCGCGCCGUCAGGUUAUACCUGCGCGACGUACGCGACGCGCAGUCCAGGGCACGCGGCAUCUCCUACCACAAGAAAAAGAAGAAGCGCAAGCUUGCUGCCGGCUGCAUCAACGAGGCGGCCUCCUCCUCCAAGAACGGCGGUGGCAUGGACGUGGACGCGGACGGCGAACGCCAGCAGCCUGGCCCCUUGCGCGGGCACAAGACUACGACGAAGACGGCGGCGACGGCACUGGUUAACGCGGCGCCGGUACCGCCACUGCUGCCACCCCUGCCGCCGUGCCUUGCGGGGGUGCCGUUCGAGUACUGCGACACGGGUAGUCUCGUUGCUAGUGGAGCCGGUUGCUACGGCGGCGUUUACUUGCCCUUGCUCUUCAACGCAUUUACCUAG